CAUAAUUCACAUCCAGCCAUCCAUGAAACACACUUUUAAUAAAGAGAUGCUUUUGGAGACACAAUACAUUAUGUUAAUGAGCACAUGGUGACCUAUAAAUUCUCUUUCAUUAUGUUAUGUGUUAGUGUCUGAAUUUGAACAAAAGGUAAAUUCAUUGCAUUCAUUUUGGGGGCACGUCCAGCAACGCCCAAUCUAUUCAUUCUUGUUCAGCACACUGUAAAAAAAAUCCAUUAAAGAAUGGAUAAUGUACUGGCAGAAAAUUACCAGGACAUUAUCCAGUAAUUUUACAGACAUUUCCGUUAACCCUAAAACACAACGAAAUGAAGUUUAAAAUACAGGUAAAACACCUGUAAAAAAUUAAAUACAGAAAAUCCUGUCAAAUGAAUACAGUACAUUCUGCCGUAUUUUUACGGAUGUUUUUAAGAGUGCAGAGCUAUACAUAUUUUGUAAUUUUUUCACUGAAUUUCAGUUUUUUAAAUGUAUAGAAAAAAAAAAAAAAAAAAAAAAUCAGUUUACAAUCAAAAGAGUUUUUUUCUUUAAGUUGAGCUUGAAUGGCCAAAUUAGGACCCUCCCCUUUUUAAUGGGACAAACAAACCUGAACAAUUAACCAUCAGUCUGAAAGUUAAACAGGCUGGAGAAAACUAGUGCCAGGCAUUUGGCAUGAGAAUAUCAUGAAGGUUAGUGAGCCUCAGCUACGACUGCUAAAAAUAUAAACAAUAAAAAUAUCUUUAUGUGAUAACAAACAAAACUUGUCAAGCUAUGAAGCAAAAACAAAGAAAUGCUCUUGAUUCGGGUCAUGGUGCUGAGAUGGGUCCGGAGGAACACAGAAGACUUCAGGAGAACAUCCAACAGUGGAAUUCCAACCGACUCAGCCUGUUUGAGAUCACUGAACCUGAUGAGGACUCUGUAUUCCAUGGAGUUGUUCGUUUCUACCUCCAAGACCAUAUUUCAGGGAACUGUGCCACCAAAUGCAUUUGUAUCUCGAGCACUACUACCGCACAAGAGGUCAUUGAAACCCUGCUGGAGAAGUUUCAGUGUGAUGGGACCCUAAAUCCUUUCCCAUAUUCAUUAUAUGAGGUCUUAAAAAAUCAAGAGGAAAGACAACUGGACCUUUCAGAAAAGCCCUUGGUGGUUCAACUCAGCUGGAGUAAAGAUAAAGAUGGCCGAUUUGUCUUGAGGAAUGACACUUGUGUAACUUUACAGAAUGGCUGUCUGGAAAAUAAGGAAAAGGUUGGAGUAAUCAAGAAUUUUAAAAGGACAUUUUCAAGGAAAGAGAAGACUAAAAAGAAAGAGAUGAAAAACGUUUCAUGCAGUCACUCAUUGGAGAAUGAUGUCUCUGAAAGUAAAACAAACAGCAUGACACAAGACUACUUGGAAGUGAAAUGGAAUCUUCCACUCAGCAUUUCUUUAAAGGAAAAAGAUGAGGAUUCUUUCUUGCUUGCUGUGAUAAAUGACAUCAACAGCUCCACAAUUCACUUUAAGCUCUCGCCUGCAUAUGUGUUUUAUCUGGUUGGACGAUUUUUAACCAGUCAACCCGGGCAGAGGAAUAAACCUCACCAACAGACUGAACAGAAGCUUUGCAGUAUAUUUGACAAGAUUGUAAGCUUGAUUCAAGACGUCAUUGAGAAACAGAGGAACAUCGCAGGGGCUCUUGCCUUCUGGAUGGCCAACACAUCCGAGCUCCUGAACUUUGUCAGACGAGACAGAGAUCUGUGUCCAAUCACACUCCAGGCUCAAAACAGUCUUGCUCAACUUGAGCAUCAGGCUUUCAGGUACCUGUCACAUCGGCUUCAGGUUGAUCUUGAAAACCACUUGCCUGCAUUCUUUGCUGAUGUAAAAAAGGAAACAGCUCAGGCAAAAGAAAUAGAAGGCAUCUUGAACACUCUCAUAAAGACCAUGAGUUUGCUCCGAAGAUGUCGGGUCAACCCUGCUCUGAGCAUCCAGCUCUUUUCUCAACUCUUUCACUUCAUGGGGGCCUGGAUCUUGAACCGGUUCACUGCACCGGGAUCAAAGCUGUGCUCAAACUACUGGGGCAAAAUUCUACGGCAGCGUCUGAGACACGUAGAGGCCUGGGCAGAAAGACAAGGGCUGGAGCUGGCUGUUGACUGCCAUCUUAGUCGUAUAAUCCAGGCGACAAUUCUCUUGACCAUGACUUCUUCCUCUACACGAGAUGCCUUGAUGAUUCAGUCCACAUGUUACAAGUUGAACUCUCUACAGCUAAGAGCACUGAUGAGCAAAUAUCACUACGCCCCAAAUCAACCCCACUUUCCAGACGCACUGAUAGAACGUGUAGCCGGCUUGGCAGAGACCUCAACAGACAUUCUGAGAGGAGAGGGAGGAGAAAUCCGACUGGAAGAGGAAUUAGAGCUUCACCUGCCUUUCCUGCUGCCUGAGGAUGGUUAUUCAUGUGAUUCCAUGCGUGGCAUUCCGAAGGGAUUUCAGGAGUUUUUAGAGCCCAUCUGUCGCAAAGGUCUCUGCAAAUUAAUUCCUCAUUCCAACUGUGUUGGGACUUGGACCAUUUUUUUUGACCAGUCAGAUUGUUCCACGGAGAGUUCAACUUGGAAACCUGAUCCAGUGAAAAUAACUCUAAAGAAACCUUUGCAUGGUGGAAUGGGAGUGAGCAUUGUAGCAGCCAAGGGGCCUGGACAGGAGAAGCUUGGCAUUUUUAUCAAAUCUGUCGUCCAGGGAGGAGCAGCAAAUGUGGAUGGCAGACUGAAUCCAGGUGAUCAGUUACUGAGUGUGGAUGGCAAAAGUCUUGUGGGAGUGUCACAGGAAAGGGCUGCAGAGAUAAUGAUGCACACUGGAUCAGUUGUAACACUGGAAACUCUGAAGUCAGCAGCUGUACAUUAUGGUUUUCCAGGGGUAUUUACCCAGGCACCACAAACAACAUCUAAAGAUCACGAUAAUGGUGGACAGUCAAAGCAGAAGUCAAGUGUCUCUGAUCUCUGUGACAGUACUGAAUCAACAGAGUCUGCUCCAUUAAGACCACCAGAAACCUUUAGAAAUCAGCACACAAUCAGCAUACCAAACACAAAACAAAACCAGAAAUUACUCAAGAAGAAACUGGAGUAUCGUUCAAAUCCCAACCUGACAUAUAUGCCUGUUGAUUCAGUAUCCCAUGAAAAUAUAAUGUUAUCUUUCUCCUCUGACAAUUUAAUGGAUUCUGUGAAUCCCAAAAACACUCUUUUAAGCACAGAAACUCAUCACAGAGAAUAUCUGACCCUGCCAGCAUCCAAACUGCACAGCAAUAAAGUAACCAGAAUCACAGAAAAACCUCAGCGUAUUCCUGCAUUUUCCAGGGAUCUGCAAAAGAUCAACAUUAUGAAACAGGCACAUUCUCAAGACAAUCUUUGGAGUGUAGAAGGACGCCCUCUUGUGGACAGAUCAAGGUACUUGAAGAAACAGCAACAACUAAGCAAAUGGAAUAGCCUUACAACUAUAAGCCCAAUGAAUUCCAGCUUGUCCAGCAUGGGACACAAAAAUGGACUCUGGAAGGUCCCGACAACUACCCAGUCCAUGCCGCUAUCACAGCCGAAACGAAUGGAUGUUCCCUACUCGCCACAAGCCAACAGUCUUUCAUUUAGUACAUUCCGCCAGCCUGCGGAGACCCAAAUUAUGUCUCCAGCACACCAUCGGUAUCAGCAUCAGAGCAAUGUGUCACCAUCUCAAAGACCACAGCAGGUACUCAAGAAAAAAACAGUUGUCUUCCACUCGUCUGUGAAGACAUCCCAGAAUAACACACCCUCACAACGCUUAAGUGCUAAUCUUGAGCAGAAAGUGGCCGACAAGACUAGUAAGCUCCCUACUACAGACCUGCUGGAACAGGAAGUGCAGCAGCUGCAGGCCAAAGUGCAGCACACCCUACAAGAGAGUGAACGUCUGCGCAGACUCUCUCUAGAGCUGCAGUUCCAGAAGAGACUAGAGGAGUACCAGCAGAAUGGUGAUGAAGAUGAGGAUGAGGAUGAUGAGAGCCAUUCGGGGGCAGAACGGAAGUGGUUUCAGACAGGAAGUGAUGUAGUGAGUAACUGUGAGAAGAAUGCAGCUGAUCAGCAAAAGGAAGGCCACUUGUCUCAAGAGGACAGUUUGAAAGAUGGAAUCAAACAUGAAUAUAUGGGAUACGACAAGAAGUUCUCUUCUGGUGACGUCAAAAGCUUCAAAACACAGCGAGCCCCAGAGAAUCUGACCUUUAAGGAGGGUCAGCGGCUGUUUUCUUUGGCAGUGGUCACUCCCAGUAAAGUCAAAGUGUCCUGAUAAAAAGGCAACCCACCAAGAUAAUUUUUUCUGAAGGCUUCUUGUCUAUCAUUCAGACAAUGUGGUGUCUUAAAACAUAGACAGGUGACAUAGUUUAUCUGAAUUCACCACUGCUUUUCACAUAGUGCACUGUGUAAUAGAUAUAUCCUGUAGGAAUAUAUUAAUAAUAGUGGAAAUAGAAUAGUCAUCAUAGUGACUUUAAUGAUAGUUGCACUGCUUUUUCCAAUGUAUUUAGUUGAUAGCAACCUGUACAGCCUGCCAAGAUCUUCAAAAAUAAGCACACUGGAAAUAAAUAAUUCUUUAUUGCUUUAAAUAACAUUAUGCGCAAGGAUCUGCAUCAAAAAAUAAACCGUUUUCUUAUUUUA